UACCGUAUAGAAAGGUUCACCCCGGGAGGGCCAAAUGCUAUAAAUUUAUACAAUCAACAUGUGAAAAGUCACAAGCAUAAUGUCUUCGCUGUAAUAGAAUCAUUGAUGCACAGAAAUUCAAAGAGAGAAAGUGCUACCCCCAGACAUUCGUCUCCUGUCGCAUCUCCGAAAUCACAAAGGCUUGGUUUUCAUAGUUAUUCAGCAAGCACGAUCAUGAUAAAUCAUCGGCAUUCGCAAUACCAUCUCCAUACCACCACCUAUAAUGAAGCUCUGAUAAACACCAUAAAGGAGGAAGGAGGAUAUAAUGCCACACGAAAGAUAUGCGCUGAUGACGACCACGUGUUGCGGAUACAGUCAGACGGCAUCAAAAGGUCAACAGACGGAAAAACGAAGAAAACGAACACCUAUAUAACAAAGGAAGUUAGAAUCCAGACAUCAUCAACAAUUUAUCACCGGUUGCAUCAAGAUUCUACAAUAACAAAGACAA